CCUGUGCUGAAUUAAGCUGGGACAGCAGCAGUGUGGUUUCAGGGCUUGUUUCCCCACUACCCUCCCACAAUUUAAUUUACAAGCUGCUGGACAUUGCCCAACAGGAAAUACAAUCUAUGGAAAAAUCCUCAUCAACAAACCAAAAUUCAUCACAACCUACAGGAGAAGGUAAUGGCUUUAAAUGAUAGAAUGGGUCCAAGUGAGAUCUGGAAAUGCUUCCAGGCUCCCAGACAAGAGCCAAUCCCUCCUUGUGCCAGGCUUUGCUGAAGCUGAACCCCCCGGCACACCUUCCCACAGCACCCCAGUGUGGGUGGCCGGGGAAACAACCUGCAGAAGACCUCGCAGAACCAGGUGAGCUCCAUCACCCCAACAUUUCCUGAGCCCACCCAUUUAGGUACUGGUUUGGGGGAUUUUGCACAUCCUAAGGUAAAAGCAUCAGGUACUGCCAACCCAGGCUGCAAUACCUGUGUGAGCAGUGUGCACGUGUUGCAGCAUCAGGACUCCCACCUCAAACCUUGGAGCAGCCUGAAAUUGCAACAGAGCUGCUGUGUGUCACAGAGGCACAGCCAAAGGGUGAAGUGUUCCUUCUUUGUCCAUUUCCUGUGAAGAGAAAAAGUGAACAAGAAUAGAAAUUCCUGGGAGGAAACUAAGUAGCGCUAUCUGCUGGACCAUGGUUUCUUGAUAAAGGAUAAAUCAUUUCACACAUGCAAGGAAACCACUUGGGUGCCUCUGCUGACUGUGCAGGAAUAUGAUCUUGCAGGGCUAUACAUAGAAUGUUUGCUCUGAGACCUGUUCCAUUCCCAGAUACUGGAAAUGCAGACAGAUAUAGCACCACAGUUGAGAAAUCAGAGAAAACUCCACGGGUGACAUUGCAAUUAAAAGGGACAAAAACAAAAAAUACAAUGCUGAGAAGGUAUCAGUUUACAGUGAGCUCAAGUUUCCAGUUUGUGGACAGUUGUUUGUUUUUAGAGAGGAUGGUGUCCUGCUCCCAGUAAAGAUAUGUAAACAUUUUCUGCCAAGCCAGAAUGUUCUUCCUAAAGCUGCUGUCUCGUAUCUACUGAAACUCUCAGGCCUCAGUAGGGCCUCAGAAGUGAAGCAAGUGAAAGAAAGUGAGUUCAUAAUGACAUUUGUGUUGUUGGCUUUUUGUUUCGGUUUGUUUGUUCACAUGUGUGUGAUAGGGGUGUUGUUGGGUUUGUUUGCUUGUUUGUUUUAAAGCUAUAGAAUGCCCUCGGAGUGCACCCUUUCUGGAAACUCAGAGAUUUAUGUGUUUCAGCCACUACUGAUCUGGUGUGACUGGAUCUCCUGGGAAGAAAAAUGUUCUGGGCAGUUCAACUGAACACAAUAUGAGAGGGGGGAAAAAAAAUAAAAGUUAAAGAAAUGCUUUUGGCUUAACAAGUUUGCAUAGUUAAGAGUACCUGACCUGUUGUUAAACUUUGUCUCAGAGCUCUGCUGGGAAAUGCUGCCAGGUUCUGAAAGGCUGGAGGUCAGACUGGAAAGCUCCUAAGCCUUGUCUGAUUUGUGUGGGGAAGAGCAGAGAGGAGGAUAGACUCCAAAGUACAGGAACACAAACACCUGGGGCGGUGCAGAGCUCCGAGGGCUGGGCGAGCCCACCUCACAGGGCUCUGUGCUCAGGUUUGUGUGGCUCAGUGGGGCUCUGCUUGCUGCAAUCCCCCCACCAGUGCCAUCACUAACCCUGGGGAGAGUGGGAUCAGCAAUGCACCCGCUCUCUGCACUGAGAUUUGAGGAGAGGGGGGGUGGUGGUGUCACUUUGCAAGGCAACACCAGCUGUUGCAUUUCCAGGAAUGAUGUUCAGCAGAAGCCGCUCCUCAUAGAAGGGAGAAGGUCCUGAAUACCCCCAGCCACUGGAAGGAACUGGCUUUUAGGUAAGUGCAGUGACAGGAACCCAGAAGAUAAACUCUGCUGGUUUGGAGUGACGUUGUUUUUGCAGCUGUAUCUGCCAAAGGCCUGGCUGUGCUCGGCAGACGCGCAUGCGUCCGUCUCUGUCGCAAUCACCACGAGGAAAUGUCACUCAGCUCCAAGUCCUCAAGGGUCUGUGGCACAGAGGCACCCGUGGUGCCACGGAGAGGCUGCGAGGGACACAGCGAGGUGCUGUGUCUAGGAUAGAGUGCAGAGCAGAGAUUUUGCUGGGCAGAGCAAGCAGCCAGGUGCCCAUCAGGCUCUUCUGCACUUGUGUUGUCUCCUGACUCAUCUGUCUGCUUCUGAAAUGGAGUAUGUCUGGUAUUGGCUCGAUGAUUCCAAGCAGUGGAUUGAGUAUGGGAAAGAGCACCGGGGUCACGCCACUGCCACUGUAACAUCAGAAUUUCUGGAGAAUGAAUAUCAAACUGACAAGAAUGGAGUUAUUUUUUUCAGGGCUGGUUCUCAGCAGUAUAAGUUAAACUUUGCAGACAUGGUCCAAACAAAUGUGGUCUUUCAAACUCGAAGAAGUGUUAUUCGACUGCCUAAACAGUCUGAAGGUGAACAAGACAGAAGCCAAAACACAACUCUAUCACAUCCUGUGUACCCUCCACAGUGGGACCAAACUGCACUACCUGAAAUUGGGUUCAAGUUGAUACAGCUCAGCCGUGAUUCCCAAGAAUACAGAAAAAUCAAGAUGCUGUUUGAGAAGACAAUGAAAAAUUACUGCAUCAACCAACUGCAGAGGAUCCAGAACCCAACACUUUGGGACCUUUUUCAGUGGCAAAAAAAAAAGAUGAACAAGACUCAUCACCAAGAGGUGAACGAGAGGCUUCUAUUCCAUGGCACAAAUCCCUCCCAUGUGCCUGCCAUCUGUGAGCAGAACUUUGACUGGAGGCUCUGUGGGACUCAUGGGACACUGUAUGGAAAAGGAAGCUACUUUGCCAGAGAUGCCAGCUAUUCCCAUGAGUACUGCACCCCUCGCAGCGGGCGCUACAGCAUGUUCAUAGCUCAGGUUCUCGUUGGAGACUUUGUGCAGGGAAGCCCUGAGUACUGCCGACCUCCAGCCAGAGCUGGAAAUUCCAACAGACUCUAUGACAGCUGCGUGGAUGACCCGACAGACCCUUCCAUCUUUGUCAUCUUUGAGAAGCAACAAAUUUAUCCUGCCUAUAUCUUGGAGUACAGCGUUGAGAGCAGCUGUGUGGUCCUGUAAUGAAUGGUGGAAUGUCUUUUGA